CCAAACUACGAGGUUGCCCUUCUCUUUUAGGGGUGAGUCAACCCGACUUAAGUUGUUUAUUGUUAUGUCUAGUGGAUAAGAUAAAAUGGAGGUCACUGCAAGGAGCUGUGGCGUUUUGGGCCUUACUUAUUGUGUUCCUGUAAGAAAUGUUGGAAGGAGGUUUCGGACAAUGUUGGCUAAAAGGAAGGAGUUUCAAAAUAAUGGUAAGACCCAACAGCGACCCUUUUUUCCGCUGAGGGUUUCCAAGUCAAUUCUCGUUCGCGGUGCCAUUGGAGUGUUUGGGUUGGGUUUCGUUGAUGCUGGGUACAGCGGAGACUGGUCGAGGAUCGGAGUCAUAACACAACAGAAUGAGGAAUUGCUCAAGGUUGCAGCUUUUCUCGUGGUUACCUUGUGUAUUUUUCUUAUUUUUUUCCUGCCCAGCGAGCCAAAUUCUUGAAUUUUUCAACUGGGAUAUGGAACGAAUUGUGAAUUUGGUUGAAUGAAUGUCUUGUAUACUUGGGGUUUAAAAUCCUAUUUAUUACAAUAGUUGAUUUAUAUCUCAAAU